GUCAAACCUGACAACAGCACAUUUGAAAUUUUCUUAUUUGAUACCAACACUCCGUACCUUCUCUCCUGUUGCUUUUCGAUCGAGUCUUCUUUCCCAUUUCGUAUUCAUCUUCCACCGCCCCACCACCACCUCUGCAACAAACAGACAGACAGACAGAGGUCAGAAUCUUAUCAAAUGGGCGAUCAUAUAGCAAGAGGAGAAGAUUUCGAGAGGAAAGCCGAGAAGAAACUCAGCGGCUGGGGCCUCUUCAGCUCCGGUUCCAAAUUCGAAGACGCCGCCGAUUUGUUUGACAAAGCCGCCAAUUGUUUCAAACUCGCCAAAUCCUGGGACCAAGCUGGAUCAACAUAUGUCAAGCGAGCAAAUUGUCAUAUAAAGGCGGAUAGCAAACAUGAAGCUGCUAACGCAUAUGCUGAUGCUGCGCACUGCUAUAAGAAGACAAACACUAAAGAGUCAAUAUCUUGUCUAGAGCAAGCAGUCAAUGUAUUUAUGGAGAUUGGAAGGCUUAGCAUGGCUGCAAGAUACUACAAGGAAAUUGCUGAAUUAUGUGAGUCUGACCAGAACUUUGAGCUGGCCAUUGUUUACUAUGAAAGAGCUGCUGAUCUUUUCCAAAGUGAGGAAGUAACUUCUACUGCUAAUCAGUGCAGGCAGAAAAUUGCACAGUUUGCUGCACAAUUAGAACAAUACCAGAAAGCGAUUGAGAUUUAUGAAGAUAUAGCACAGCAGUCGCUGAAUAAUAAUUUGCUUAAGUAUGGAGUUAAAGGACAUCUUCUUAAUGCUGGCAUUUGCCAACUUUGUAAGGGAAAAGGUGACACCAUUGCAAUUAACAAUGCAUUAGAACGCUAUCAGGACCUGGAUCCAAAUUUUUCGGGAUCGCGAGAGUACAGAUUGCUCGCGGACGUAGCUGAUGCCAUUGAUCAGGAAGACGUCGCCAAAUUCACUGAUGCUGUGAAGGAGUUUGACAGCAUGACCCAGCUGGAUGCUUGGAAGACAACCCUUCUGUUGAGAGUUAAGGAUGCACUGAAGGCAAAAGAGCUAGAAGAGGAUGAUCUCACUUAAACCCUUCUUGUACAUUUAUGUUUUGUAUUUCUUUCUGAUGGUUGCACUUGGUUGUUGUGUCACUAUGCUUACGGUCGUUUUCUUCUUUUCUUUUCUUUUUAAAAUUUUUUUUUUUUACAGUUUUAUUACAUUGGUUGUUAAUUUAAAUGAUAUGUAUGUCCAUGUAACUUGUGAGUGAUGAGAGUGUGGUGCGAUAAUGGUUUUUAUCCGAGCGAAUAUUUUUCUAUUUGAGGCUCGUAAAUAAA